AUGGCCGGCGGAGGUGGAAUAUUCACAUAUCGCGACGGGAUUUCUGUCGCUCAGAUCGUCUCAUUUUCUGUCUACUUGAUACUUGCCGUUUAUUUCCGAUAUACGCACCGAAUCGGCUGGUUUUGCAUUGGCGUCUUCUCUCUACUCCGACUUAUUGGCGCAAGUUGCAAGCUAGUCACGAUCCGUAAUGACUCGCAAGGCGUAUGGGCCGCCAUAUUCGUUUGCGAGUCGCUGGGAAUGAUUCUUAUCAUCUUUCUAUUGCUGGAAAUGCUAGAGAGAAUAAAUCAAGUUAUCAAAUUCGUCACCAAGCGCAUCUUUUUGAUCCCUUCUAUCAUAACCUGGAUCGACAUAGGUAUCUCCAUCGCAGGAUGGGUUGCCGUGAUGCACGUCGAGUACCCUCUCGCGCCAACACCCUACAGCCAAGCCAGUAUGGCCUUGCUGGCUGUCAUCUAUAUGUACGUGGUCGGUGUUUUCAUAGCCUUAUGGCGUCGUCGCGCCGAAUAUCCCGAGGAAGAACGAUGGGCAUUAACGGGGGUCACCAUUUGUAUCCUAAUCUUGGCUGUCCGCCUCGUAUACUCGCUCAUCUUUAUUGGAUCGGGCAACAUGGCUUUCAAUGCUAUCAAAGGCGAUCCCACAGCAUACCUCUUUAUGACCAUGCUUCCGGAGGUAGCCAUCAUGGCUUUGUGCGCUUAUAUCAUCGCCAUGAAGAUUUCACCACUGCAAAAUAAGGGGAAGCACGUGUCACAGAAGUUAGUGGAUAAAGAGAGUUUGAGGCCUCUUUCUUAA